AUGCCACGCCGCACAGCACCCAUACGCAGGCCACACAAGAAGUCAAGAUUCGGUUGUCAAGAGUGUAAACGUCGCCACGUCAAGUGUGAUGAAGCCCGUCCCACAUGCGGCCACUGCUUGGCUACCCUCAAGCCCUGCGUGUAUCGGUCUCCGCCACCACGCACAACUCGGGCAUCCUCUGUUCCAACGACGUUGCGCCCGAGCUCUCCUGCCGCUACCACCUUUCCCGGUGAUGCAAGGUCUGCGACGUCUGCGCCUUCACCAGCCUCCGUGGGCCUGAAGCCAUCUACUCCGUCAAAUCUCGGGGCCUCCGUGGCUUCCCCAAGUGCAACGCCAACAUCGUCGGCACAAUAUGGCGCCUUGGACCCGCCUCUUAACAUGCGUCACAUGCAACUAUUCAGUCACUUCAUCUUCAGCACAGCCCCAAGUCUCGACGAUGGGCCUUCCCCUGACCGGGAACAGCUGCAAGUUAUGAUGCCAGCUGCGCUCUCUGUCCCGUAUCUCGUGUAUGAAAUGCUUGCAUUCUCUGCACUGCACCUCAGCCACACAGAUGCAUCUCAAGCGGACUACUACCGCGAGGAAGCCACCGCCCUGCAAACCCAAGCAUUGUCCCUGUUCAACAACUCCCGGCCAGAGAUUACAGCUGACACCUGUGCGCCCAUGCUGAUGUUCUCGGGCUUUCUCGGCAUUUAUACGCUCGCGGAAGCAGUCACGGCUUCGAGGGCUGACGGAAACGUAUUUCUGGAUAAAUUCGUCACGUAUCUGAAUCUUCACCGGGGGGUUCGCGUCGUCACAGAACGAGCAUGGAAUCUCUUAGGGCAGUCCAACCUCUCCCCUGUUCUGAACCGUGCAGAGCGCACAUUAAAUGCUGUACCCUCACGGCAGUCCCAGGAGCAAGCCACAACAAUUUCUGACCGCCUGCAAAACAUGUUGGAUAAUGCAGACAUGGGUACACAGUCCAAUGCGGCCUGCCGUGACGCUGUAUCACGACUGAAGCUCGUUUAUCAAUCCGAGCUAUCGAGAGCAGAGAUGUCUGGAGAGGCGCAGUCAACCAGCGUGAUUUGGGCUUGGCCUAUCCUCCUGUCAGGCGUGUUCACCAAGCUUCUGAUGGAGCGGCGGCCCGAGGCACUCAUCAUCCUUUGUCACUAUGCAGUACUCCUUCACUGGCGACGUCGCAUAUGGCUUGUUGGGGAUGCAGGCCGAUUGUUAAUCGAGGAGAUGACAAGGUUCUUAGGCACGUACUGGAAAGAAUACCUGGAAUGGCCGAACCAGAUGCUGGAGGAAUCAUGA